AUGGCGCGGCCAGUCUCCGCCCCCAAAACUCCCCGGGGGGCGCCGCGCCCACGCUCCGCUGCUCUCAGGCAGCGUGCCAUAUUCUCAGAGGUCUUGAUCCCCGAUGAGGGUCAAAGCAGGGCCCAAAGGCUCGCGGGGCCACCGCGAACACGGGAGGUUCGCUCCACCAGGGAGGCACGCCCCCUUAGCGCCGGCAGCUACUCGCAACGGAAGCGCGUUGCGGGCAUGCCGCUUCUGAAAGCUUCCGAGCCGCUGCAUCCGAGCAUGGAGCCCAAGGUGAUGGAGUCUUACCGAACCUUCGCCGGGCGUUGCCCUCGCCGCCUGCGCAUCGAGCGACUACGGAAGAAGUACGCAUCCCUGGAUGUGCAGAAGCUGCUGGUUGAGCGGGACGUGGACGUCUCUCAACCCUGGUACGAAGACAAGAGCCCUCUUCCGCUGGAGGCCUUCGACGACACGGAGUACGACCUGCGUACGCCGGAGGAGUGGAUGGACUUCUGUCACGAUCCCAGCGGCCAAUUCAAGCCUCUGCCUGCCUUGGCGCUCUGGCGCGACCCGGACAGCGGCGCGGGCUACUGGCGGAGAGCUAUGGUUCUGCAUUACCACGGCGCCGUGAAGAAGUUCGAGAUCCAGUACGAGGACCCAGAGCCGGUCGGAAAUGGCGGCCGCCGCGGUAUGGUCGACCACCUCCCACGGCUACGCGUCAUGUUUCGGGGCGAGGAUCCAGAGGUCUUCGCCAACCGCGUGGAACAUGCGUACAAGUCCCGGCGGCGAGCCGAGCUUCUCUUGAGAUACAACUUCUUUGUCGACAACAUGCCGACGGACGACGUGCAGCAGCUGAGCACCGAUCAAAUCGCGUGGCUGAAAGACGCGACCACCACGUGCGGACCAGAGACUUCCAACACCGAGUGGGACUUCAUCGUCCAGGAGGUGCAGUUGGACUUUGGCCGAGCAAUGAACAGAAUCACCUUCGACACGCACUUGCUGGAGGAGGACGCGAAGAAGUCCGAUCCGCUUCAGGAGCUCCUGCGCCCCGUGGCGGAGCAGGGCCCUGUUGGCGUUGCAAUAGCGGGCGCCGCUCCCGCCCCCUGGCGUGGCAGGGUGGCUAUCCCGAAGCACCCGUUCCAGGCCACCUUUGCAAACCUCUGCUGGCGCACGCUGCGGGUGCGGUCAGAAGUGGUGCUUGCUCUUCAAGGCAUCAAGGGGGAGAGCGAGCGAAGAUUGCAGCAGGAGACGAUCUUCAGCACCGACUUCUCUAGACCGCUGCGGUUAGACGAGUUUCGGCAAAACCUUCGGUCCUCGUGCGCGGAGGCAGCGCUGUCGCUGAAGGAAGCAUGGCCAGCGGCGUUGCAGACGACAGUGAUCCGGGAGUUCGAAUCCAUCCAGAAGGGAUGGUUCAACGUGCACGAGAAGAGCGUGGACCUCUACCGCCAGGGAAAGCUCCGACGAUUUCUGCUCCUUGCCCGACUCAUCAUGCAGGAUACUUUGCGGAACAUCGCCAAGAAUGCUGUCAAGAACUAUGUCGAAGCGCUCGAGAGAGUGGCUCCCGUACGCACCUUCGUCGAGUCCUAUGCCAGCGCCAGCUGCAACUACCGCGCCGGUGCGGUCGCGCCAGGUCCCAUCUUUGCCAUCGAGGUGAAGCCGACGGAGAUCCUCAGCACGAAUGCCCACUUCGGCUACGUGAUCGAUCCGAACCGCUUCCUCCCCACGGCCCUGGAGGCCUAUGAUUCCGGGUUGGCGAUCCUGAAUCAGGUCUACCCCCUGGAGCGGCUCAUGAUCCCGCCGCGGCUUCAGAGCUCUGAUGGCCCGUCGCUGGUCCAAGCCUUUGAUUGGGAAGAGUCAUGGGUCCAGGAUGGACGCAGCCGAGUGCAGAAGUGUCUGGAAGUCGCACUGUCGGCCCCGGCGGAUUACCUCCAGAAGGUGGAUGCCUUCACGAGCCUGCUUCGCAUCGAGCCCGCGAAGUACGUCCAGCACUUCUUCCGAGACUUGGAGGAAGACGAGGAUGAGCCGGGUAACCAGGAAGUCCAGACGGCGAUUCGCAAGGCCGUGGAUUCCAAGGAUGAUCUGAACCGGAUGCUGCCGGACUUCGUUUCGGUGGGCAUGUUCCAGAUUACUAUCAAGGAAGUGCGACGAGCCCUGACCGCCAAGCAUGAGAGCAUGUACACGCUGCUGAUGGAGCGGAUUGUCCAACGGCUGCGCGGCCAAAUGGAGGAUGCCAGCAGCGAUUGUAAGAGUCUCAUGAUCAAGAUCACGCGCCCACCGAAGGCAGUUGAGGAGUUGGUGCAGCAGCGGAACUCCAUCCUCACGUUGUCUGAAGAGAUCUCUGCCAUGCGUGUCAGGAUUCUCAACCUGGUCCGCCUCUACGAGGAGAUCGAGGAAGGUUUUCUUCAUCAACUGCCGCCCUAUGACUUCAACCUCCGGUGGGAGCUGGUGACCGUGCCACCAGCCGCUGAGUCGGCUCUUGCAAGGAAGGCGGCAGAUCUCCGAGACUACGAGGCACACUUCGUUCAGAUCCUGUGCAGCCGCCAGGAUGCGCUUCGCGAAAGCAUCAACGAAAUCGAGCAGACCUUGGAGCUCUUCCGCACAAAGGAAGCUUACUGGGACGUCUCGGCGAUCUCCAUGAUCCGGGAGGCUAUGGAGAGCCUCAGUGACCGGAUUGCUUCGGCGAAGGAGGAUGCGAAGGCGGUGAACCAAAUGGAGACGAUGCUCGAGCGAAAGCUCACGGAGUACACCGAAAUCGUCAGAUGUGCGAUGGUCUUCGAACCCUUCGUGGCCUCGUGGAACAUUGUGUAUCAGUUCGGAGAGAGCCGGGCCUUGUGGCAUGAUGGGACUUUGACCGAUGCUGAUGCCCUGCGAAGGAGCCUGCUGAAAGAGUUUGUGGCGCUCGAGCAGGCGGCAAAGGGCCUCGAAUUCAACCAGUGGCCGUCCACACUGGUGGCAAUGGUUGCCCAGCAGCUGUCGGCUUUGGACAAGUUCCAGGUAGAGCUGAUGCACAGCCAGAAGGCGGCGGACGCUGAGGCGGACGCCGAAGCCGCCGAGGCAGAGGCCUUCGAGGCUGAAGACGAGGAGCAGAUGGGGGACGACCUGCCCCGGCAGAAGAGAUCUUCCAUCUCUCUCGUGGGAAAGUUCAUCAAGUCUUACAGCGUCUCCGAGGGUCAGUCACACCAGGAGCACCGGCGCUCAAGCAGAGCCAUCAACAAGUCGAAGAAGUUUCUUCGCAAGGUCUUCAGCAGUUACCGCUUUGGCAACUUCAUGCUGAUGGUAGUUCUUGUGGAUGCAUACUGCACCUGCCGGGAUAUUGACGCCCGCGCCACCGGCGUUGAAACAGAGGAUGUUUUCACCUUGCUGUCAGACCUCUGCCUCGUGCUCUACUCCGUGGAGCUCUGUGGACUCUUCUUCGUCCGAGGUUCGGAGAUCCUCAAAGACUGGAUGAUAGUUGUGGACAUCUUGGUGGUGAUCUGUGGCUACGUUGAGUUUAUCCUCGUGCAGGUCACGCCGAGUGAACUCGUGCAGAAGAUGAGCCUUCUGAGAGCUCUGAGGCUCGCGAGGAUCUUCCGGCUAAUGCGGCUGCUGCGAAAGAUCCGAGCUCUUCGGGAGCUGUACAAGCUCGUUACCAUGAUGUCGACCUGUCUCAAGACGCUGUUGUGGUCGUUCCUCUUCUGCUUCAUUGUGAUGACAGUGUGGGCCAUGUUAAUCGUCGAGGUCGUGAACCCCAUUGUGGUGCAAAUGGACGGCGAUGGUGUCUUUGACGAUUGCAGCAAUGGUUUCUGCACGGUUUCCACCUCCUCGGUGCUCCACGCGAAUCUGCUUCUUUUCCAGACUGUCAUCGCCGGCGAUGGCUGGGGAGAAAUGGCCACGCCCAUCAUCUUAAGACAUCCGGAGACGGCGAUCAUCUUUAUCGGCUCCCUCCUGACUUUGGUCUUCGGCGUGCUGAAUCUCAUCGUGGCCGUGGUCGUCGACACCUUUGCAGAAGCUCGCCAGCACGACAUACUCAACCUCGCAGAAGAGCUGGAGGAUGACUUGGAGAAGGACACAAAGUUUCUGCAGAAGCUGUUCCAGCGCAUCGACAGGGACGGCAGCGGUCGAGUUACGCUUGACGAGCUUAUUGAGGGCGCACGCAAGGAUCCUGAAUUCCAGAGCCGUCUUCGCGUUAUGGAUAUAGACGAAGUAGAUCUGGAGCAGCUCUUCCAGAUGAUCGAUGUGAACGGAUCUGGCUCUAUCGAGGCCUCCGACUUCAUUUGGCCCCUCAGUCGCUGGGUGCACGACUCCAAAACCGCGCCGCGCUUCAUCAAGUACAACAUGUUGCGGACGAUGGAGAUGCAAGAGGAGCUGUAUGCGCUGUCCGAGGUGAAGUUCCAGCAGCUGAAGGAGCAGAUAGACCAUCUGACGCUGACGUUAAAAGGGCGCAGCCCUGGCAACAACUUCGAGGAUUUGUCGGUGCUGACUCCGCCCGACUCGGCAAGAGAUUCCUCGAGCCCUGCGAUCCGGAUUCCUAUUCCUUUCGAGGACAUUGGCGCAGCGGACGCUCCGAUCCUCGAGGAGCUGCCAGCCGCUCCUGUUCUUUCGUUGCCUGAGGAGCGGGGCCCCCCCGAGCCACCAAAGAGUGCGCAGAAGGUGGCGCUGACACAGGGCGUCUUUGGCAGCUCGGUCAAAGAGGUUGAGGCGCUCCUUUUGGCAUCGGAGGCCCGGCUCAAGCGGUCGAUGGCGAAGAUUGAGAAUGCCAUUUCGGAGCUGCCUCACACGCCACAGCCGCAGCUGCUGCAGCCGAACGCGGGCACGGCCUCGCACGAACUCCAGGCAGGCUGGACGAGAUCCAUGCAGAGGCCACCGCAGGCCCACAAGCCACACAUGAAGCCAACGGAUGCCCUGAAGCACUCGGAUGCUUUCCGGUCGAUGUACAUGGGGCAUGCGGCCAAAGGCAGCGGCAAUCGGAGAUCUCUCCUUGCCGAGGACACGGCAGAGGAGUUGGCAAGAACACACCUGCGCACAUUCUCGCAGCCAGCGGAAUCGCUGGUGAUGAAGCAGCUGUCCGCGCGUCCGAAGAAGCUACGUGCCAGUCUUGCUUAG